AUGGCGUCGACCCUCACCCGCGCAAUCGUGCACAACGAAGGCUGCGACUUGCACUGCUGGCACCAGGGCAACGGACCACUCAUCACCUUCGUUCCUGGCGGCAACGGCCACGGGCUGCAAUUUUUCCCGCUCAUGGCCGCCCUAUCUGACCGGUUCACGGUCGCGACGUUCGACCGCCGGCAGAUGUCCGCCAGCCAGACGGCGGUCAACAAGCGGCUCAACCCGCCGCAGCAGGCGCGCGACAUCCGCGCCGUCAUCACGGCACUCAGCUUCAACAAGGCCAUCGUCUUCGGCAGCAGCAGCGGCGGCAUGUUCGCGCUGCAGUUCGCGCACGACUUCCCGGGCAUGGUCGAGCACGUCAUCGCGCACGAGGCGCCGACCAUCACGCUGCUGCCCGACUCCUCCGAAAUCUUGGAGUGGUUCCUCCAUCUCAUGCAAGUCUACGACGCGCGCGGGCUCGAACAGGCAGCGGCCGAGUUCCGCGAGAGACUCAACGGGUACGACGACGAGGGCGUGCCGGCCGUCGCGGCGCCGGACCCGCGCAACCGCGAGGUGUUCUGGGCGGACGAGUUCCCUGUGCUGCUCGGCUGGGUGCCGAACCUGUGGCGCUUGAUCGAGAAUAAGACGAGUGUGGGCGUCAUGCGGGGUGCCAGGACGGGAGACGCGUUUUUUGCACGGACCGUGGACGAGCAGGCCAAGAUUUUGGGGUGUCCGAAGAUGCUUGUCCCGGGACACCACCAGGGGUUCGAGGUCGAGACGCACGCGUUCGUGCCGUAUUUGCUGGACAUGUUGGAUCUCCUGGAGAAGAGGAGGGGUGCGGUGGAGGGGGAGGGGCGCGGUGGAGGGGUUGCCUAA